GACCGGGAAAGCAGCGCCAAAAGGUCAUAAAGUGAAUCAAAAAUCGCGACGUGAGCGCCGCACACGACGAAAGGUGGAAAGAAAAAAAGUCUUAUCAGAAAGAAUUUUAUUUUUUUGUAAAAAAGGUGCGAAAGUGAAAAUUCCCAGGCGCUAAAUGCAUCCAUUUCGGUACAAUUAGUGCUCGUGUGUCCACUGUGUCCGGCUGGCUUUGCAAGUUUCCGCGCGAGAGACAAGAGAAAAAUGAUUGUCUCGUGAUCCCCGAAAAAGGCAGUCGAAAAAUUCGCCAUUUUGUGUUCUUGUUUUUUUUAAAAUAAUCACACAGUUUAUUCGGGUUUUUCGUUGGUUCGCCGCUUCUUUUUUUCCACCUCCGUUCAUCACCCUCAUUUCACACACCGUACUUGUGCCCGCCCCAGCAUUUGUCAUACCCACCCUCAAUCCGGGAACGCACAGCAAAGGGAAAAAGCGACGUGUGUCACCCUCUAGUUCCAUCAUUCUCACUGACUGGCCCCCACUUUCCGGGACGACACGCGGGGCUGUUACCGUGGUGUUUGUGUUAUUGUGUGGAUGUACCCCGUGGGACACAUUGGACGACGACUACUCUGAGACAACAGCAGCCCCCGUGUUGUUUUGCCAAGGCCACACAGGGCGGCCCGCCAGGUGAGAACGAAAAAAACGACGUCGACGUCAAAGUUGGGAGGAGAGUCACGUCGCGGACGACAACCCCUUCCCAUCCCGGACUACACGCUCGCGGAAGGGAUAACUAACCGGAUUCAGUGGUAGCCGAUAAAUACCCCGUGGGCCCCAAUCAGACGGCGCCGCUCCCUUCCCCCCACGGACACGAGACUCUGCAUGACCACGAUAUAAAAUUGGGUCAAUAAUCAAGAUGGAGCACCACAAACUGAUUCCAUUUCUGCGAUAUUCACUGGCACUUUUGCUAUUUUUAGCGAUUUCGGCACAAGGUGAUCUAGUUCCAAAUUACGAUCAUAAAGAAGCUAAAUUAAAAGUAUUUGAAAUAAAACAACCACUGGUACUAUUCUGCAAUGUAACAGAGCCAGGAGACCACGAAAUUCAUUGGUCGAGAAAUGGCACCAGUGUGGAUAAAGUGGCGGAGUUAAAGGGCAGACACACGAUACUUAAGUCUGAAUAUAAACUCGUGAUUGAUCGAGCCCAGGAAUCCGAUGCUGGAUUGUAUACGUGUAGCCUCCCGCGAGGACAAAGUAAAGAUAUAAAUGUAGUCGCAAAUGUCGCUGUUAAAUUACCAUCUAAUAUGGCUGUAGUUGAAGGAGAAAGAUUAGCAAUUCAAUGUAUAGUCGUUGGAACGGAUCCAAUAAUUAAUUGGACAAUUCUCGAUAAUUUAACGUCAUCUGAAGGUGUAAUAUCAUAUUUACCAGAUGAGAAAAAUGUUAAAGAUGCAAUUUUAGUGAUUGAGAGUGCCCGACUCACGGAUCGUGGGAAUUAUUCAUGUGAAGCAAAUAACCUUGCGACGGAACAUCGCAUUACAAAGCCCGCGGUGGCUGUAACGUAUGUGCGAGUAAAAGGUAAACUCGCCGCACUUUGGCCCUUCCUAGGAAUUUGUGCUGAAGUAUUCAUUCUCUGUGCCAUAAUUUUAGUCUACGAAAAACGACGAAAUAAGGCAGAUCCCGAUGAGAGUGAUACAGAUCAGAGUCCUGAACAAAAACUCGAUCCGCAUGGUAAAGAGUCAGAUGUGAGACAGAGAAAGUAAAAAGAAAAAAAAGAACAUUAUCAUUAAAACAAAAACAAAAAACAAUGCAUAUUGCGUGAAAAAAAAAGUACAUACACACAUAUUAAAGUUGAGUUUAAAAAAAAUGCGAAUUAGGUUGGGUGAGGAAAAAUAAAGACGAUGAGAGAUGAUAAAGAAAGAAAAAACAUGAAAAUCAGUAGAAGAAAUAAAAUGUAAAAAAGUAGAUUUACAUUGGACGGAUCAUCAAUGAUCGGACAAACAAAAAGUUAAAAAAAAGAAACUUUAAAAGAAAUUUACCAAAAAAAAUUGGAUUUAACGAUUAAAGCGAUUAAAAAGAAAAUCUUCUAUUAAAAAUCUUUUCUCCAAAAUAAGGACAAUUAAGAAGAAAAAGUAUAAAAACGUAAAAAUAAAUCUAAAGAUCGUGAAUUAAACAAAUAUAUAUUAGCCACGAAACAUCAAGAAAAUAAAAAAAAGUAAAUAAAAUGAAAACUUUCGUGUAAAAAAAAUAAUUCCUAAAACUAAUAAAUUUGCCUUUUCAUUUUCUCGUUUAUUUUACUUUUAAAUAUUUCUGUGUUUUCUUUUUUUUUUCUUUUUAGUAUGUAAGUCAUUUAAAAAGAAAAAAAAAGAUCUAUAUAAUAAAAAAAACUUUAAAAAAUCAUUGAUGCAGUGAAGUUAAAAAAAAAUUCACCAGAGCGCUUUGUAAGAAUUUUAUUAAUAUUUUUUUAUAGUAUACACGCGCCUGAUUAUCUAUUAACUAUAUUAUAUAAAUAAAUAACUCUAUUGAUAUAUAAUCUAUAUAAAUACCUAAUAUAUAUAUUGCAAAAAAAAACUCCUAAUCUUGUUGAAUAUUACUUGUUUUUCAUACACAAUGCAAAGAAGAAAAAAAAUUUAAGAAAAUCGACAUAAAAACUCUUCACAAUUUUUUUGGGUCAAUUUUUUUUUAUUUCAUAACUCUUUUUGUAUUAUACAAUUUUAAAAAUAAAUAUAUUAAUAUAUAGAGAGAAAAAUUAAAUAUAUUUAUCCAUCGUAAAUGAAGAUAAAAAAAACGUAGAAGAAACAAAAAGUUUAACAUUAAAAUUAAAUUAAAGUUUAAUGAACAAAAAAAAUCGUUGAAAAUGACGCGAAAUUACUAACAAUUGAAUUAAAUACUUUUUUUUUGUUUGUCAUAAGAAUAUGUUAUCAGGCGAUUAAUUUGAGAAAUUUUAUUUUCUAAUUAAAUUUGCAAAACGUUGAUUGGCCUUUGGGAUGAGGUAUGCGUGCGUGGGCGUUCAAUGGGGGUGGGGUGGAGCAGGGGAGGGAGUUUAAAGAGCGCAUUUAACAUAAACCUGUGAGGAUAUUUUGUAUAAAUUUUGUUUGCAGAGAUUAAUUUUGAAAGUAGGGCAGGUAAUUGAUUGGACAAUUAGAUGAGCUUUUGCAAGAGCUUUGAUGAAAAUUUGCCAUAAUACCUAAUCAAUGAUCUGCAUUGAACAUUGAUGUGUUUUAAUUGAUUAUCUCCCGUCACUUCUUGUUGCCCGUUAAUGGCUCUGCUAAAGACAAUGAAAAUUACAUUUAUAGAGAAAAUAAUUUUUAAGCAGCGAUUCUUUUUUGAUCAGAAAAUUUGGCUUUUUAGUGAGGUGAAUGUUCCAUCUUGAUCAGGAUGAGUGGUUGAAGAAUCAUUUGCAACGGCUUAGUUGGAAUCUUGUUUAGCGUUUGAUGAUAUUUCUUUUGAAAGCAUUUAAGCAACCUAAUUUUGUUUGAAUUCUAUAGGAAAUAUAGAGAAAUUCUGACCAGCUAAUUAAAUUAAUAGAUCCUUAAAAGUUCAGACCAGGUUUUUCAGGUAAUUAAGGCUUUGCCUUAGAGGCCAAAAAAAUGAUUUCCCAGACGUGAAAAAUACAAAAAAUAAAAUUAUUAAACGUUUAAAAAAUCAUCAAACGUUAGAAAAAAAGUCGGUCAUUGAAGAAAGAAACGUCAAGCAAUGUUCUUCCGUUAAACAAUUCUAGGAGAGAAAAAGCCUCAAUCGGUAGAAAAAGAUCAUCAAACGUUCAAAAUGAAACAAGAAAAGUUAGAGAAGUAACAUCUAACGUUAGGAAAAACGAAAUUAAAUCGUUAGAAAAGCACAAAGAAAAAAAUAUCAAAUGAAACAUAAUAAAAUGAUUUUUGAAUGAAUCUUUCUGGCUGAGGCUUUGAUUUCACGAAUAAAUUAAGAGAAAUUUUCGUGAGGAAAGUGUUGCAUUUUAAUCAGGAAAAUAUUCCAUUUUGAUCAGGAAAACGUUUUGAAGCUGAUUUUGAUCAUUGAAGCUUAUUCUGUCUAAAUUGCAGUCAAAUAGGGAAGAAAGACGUGGAUUUUAUGCUUGCCAGCAUAAGACUUUUAUGUUUUCCAUCUUGACAUCAUCAAAACUAUGUUUUCUGUACCAUUCGGCAGCAAAUCUCCGAUUGAAUAAGCUUCAAGACUCUUUUUAAUCAUUUAGAACAUAUUUUCCUGGCUAAAAGACUAAUUUACUGAGAAAAAAUAAUUAUUCCAUAACUUUGCUGCCACGAUCGUCUCGCCCAAAGUUAAAAUAAUAAAGAACUAUAGGGUUGGUAUUGCUGAAAUUUUCAAUGAAGAAGUUGCAAAGUUAAAAACAAAAGUCCUACAAGAAGGGAAUAAAGUUUGGGAAGUUUCUUACCUAAAAUUGGAACUCUUUCCGUUUUUGAUUUUUAACAGAAGCUCUUUUCGUUAAAUUUCACACAAAUUGGCCAUUGUACUUAAAGCACAACAAGAAUGAAAAAUUAAAAAAAUAUAUAUCACAGGUGGGACGUCAGAAGAAGGGAAUGAGAAAGAAUAUAAAAAAAAGACAUAAUUAAUUUAUUAAAAGAAAAGAAAUUGAGUUUGGGCUCGACCAAGAAAACCUAAAACCGAAUUGCUUAAUCAACUUUGCAAAUAUUAAUUACAAAUAAAAAUUUUCAUUAUGUACAUAAAAUACAUAAAAGUAGGUAACAUAAUAGUGAUUUAAAAAAACAAAAAAUUAAAUUUUAAAAGAGAAGGAAAGUAUCUCUAAUAUUAAAAAAAAAGAAAAAUUUUAGGUAUUGUUGAUAAUGUAAUUUUGAAUAGCUAUUAAUUAAUUGAUUAAAUUGAGAAAACAAUGAGCUAAUAGAAGUAACUUUUCACAUCCUUUUUUUUCUCUUUACUUUAUUGGUUUUUUUUUUAUAUUCUUGUAGCAGAUCUUUAAACAUUUUUUAAAAAUAAAAUUAUUCAUCAAGUGAACUCUUCUUCAACAUUAUACAUAAUUGAUCUUUUACGUGUUGCCCCCAGAAGUACUUACUUUGUAUUGUUUUGUACUUAAAACCCCUUUGAAAGACGCAAGAAAUAGCAUGAAAACUUGUAAAAGAAAUCGAAGAAUUGAUCAAAUAACAAUUGAAUCAAUUCUUAAUUCUAAAUCACAAAAAUUUCAUCUAAAUUCCAGGAAAUUACUUUGAAAAACAAAAAUAUUCAAACUUAGGCCUUUUAAAGAAAAUUCUAAAAUUUAAUAAUAAAAAAAAUCUUAGAUUCCUCAUGCUAUAUAUUAUGUCUUUUGUGGACUAAAAUUACAGAUCCUCAUCAAACUUUGCCAUAAUUUUAAUUUCUCAAAAUAGAGGUUGAUUUUGUAAAUAAAAAUCUUUUUUUUGUGUAAUAGUAAGAGAAAAAUGAAGAGUUCACUGCGUAAGAAAUGUUCUAAAAUUUGUGUUAGAUAUUUCUUCGAAAGAAUCGAUAGAGGUUAACAAUAUUAGAAAUUGAAAAUUUAAAUUUUUUAUAUAGUUUUCAUAUUUUUCAAAUAAUUUGUAGAUUUUUUUCUUUGGUUUUUUUUUCCAUUUGUAAUAGUUUAACGAAAAAAUCUCUAGUCUAAUGACGUAGAAACUUAAAAACAAGUGAAAAUAUAAACGUAGAUUCUAGAGAGAAAGAUUAAACAAAAACAAGUUUCAAAAAAAAGGCAAAAAAUUCAACAAAAUCUUCAGGAAGUUUUUUUCUUUUAAAAAAAUUAUUUUCUCUGAUUUAUUCAACGUAGAAAAUCGUAGAGCUGGAAAUUAGAUAAAGCAGAGAAGAAAAAAAAUAACCAAUGUUACAACAAAAAAUGUUCUUUUUUGUAUUAUAUUGAAAAAUAAUUACAUCUUACCAUUA